UGCAGAGUCACCCUCUUACACACAGCCAGGAACAGCCGGUAUAGGAAAGCACAUGGAUCCCUGCUUAAAGCACCUCAGAAGACGGGUCCAGUACAUGACUCGCAUUCUGCCCACACUGUGAGGUGAACAUAAUACAGGGUCAGCGUAUAGGCUUCAGAGAGAUUGCUUCAUUCAAACUGAAUGAUGUAACAAUGACAAGGCAGACAUUUUAAGCAGCUGACACAUCGCUUAGAGAGGAAGAGAGCGAGUAGAGAGCUACUGUGGAAAUUCCUGGCAAUUCCUGGCUACUGUAGAUACUCUUCCAACCAGUGGCGUCUUGUCGUUGCUUGAAAGGAUUUGGACCUCACUGAUUAGCCAUGGCACUGCUAACACACACCUUAUCCUGCCUCUUUGGGAUCGGGUCCUGGGUGGCCAUCAACGGGAUGUGGGUAGAGCUGCCCUUGAUUGUGCCUGACAUCCCAGAGGGGUGGUACCUGCCUUCUUACCUUACUGUGCUCAUCCAGAUGGCCAACAUUGGGCCUCUGUUUGUCACCUUAAUGCACCGUUUCCAUCCAGGCAAGCUAAGUGAGGUUGCGGUCAUUUAUACCAUCAUUGGCGUAGGCAUUCUUGCCAGUUUCCUCCUGGCUUUCUUCUGGAAGGAGACCCUGGUUGUUGCUGGCAGCUCCCGAAGUGUGGCUCUCCUGGUUCUAACGUUCUUCCUCUCCACCGUGGACUGCACGUCCUCUGUGACGUUUCUCCCUUUCAUGAUGCGUCUCAAACCCCAGUACAUGACCACGUACUUCAUCGGCGAGGGACUCAGUGGAUUAGUACCGGGGUUAGUGGCCCUGGUUCAAGGCGUGGGAAUGGUGAAAUGCAUCAACCAGACACAAACAAUAAAUGGCAGCUUUGGCAACUCGACCGCAAGCUUGGAGCUGCAGGCUUGGUACCAACCUGCCAUGUUUUCUGCUCAAGUCUUUUUCUUUUUCCUCAGUGUGAUGAUGGUGGUGUGCUUAGGGGCCUUCCUGCUUCUCAACUACCACCCAAAUGUUCGCCGGGAACAUAAAUCCAGCAGAUACAUUGAGGGAGGCAUUCAUGACGAAAAUGGGGAGCUGAGUCCUAGAGAAAACAGUCAGCCUGAGCAGAAGCCCAUGAUUAGCCCUCUGGAAAGCCAACAGCCUGCAGCGCAGAGCUCGUUUGGUUCUGGGAAGUACAGCUGGCCCGAGUGUCUAUUUCUCUUUGUGGUGCUUGGCUGGGCAAAUGCACUGACCAAUGCUGUCCUCCCUGCAGUCCAGUCCUACUCCUGUCUACCCUAUGGAAACAAUGCCUACCACAUGUCAGCCACCCUUGGUGCUGUAGCCAAUCCUGUGGCUUGCUUCAUCGCCAUGUUCCUGCCAAACAGGUCGUUCCUGCUGCUGGGAGUCCUGACCCUGGCUGGCACUGGCUUCGGAUCCUAUAUCAUGACUACAGCGGUACUGAGUCCGUGCCCGUUUCUCAUUCAUUACAGCACAGGGGCCAUGUUGAUAGUCAUGGCAUGGGUGCUCUUUGUUCUGUCGCUCUCCUAUGUCAAGGUGAUGAUCGGGGUGAUCUUACGGGACGAGGGACACAGCGCCCUCGUAUGGUGUGGAGCUGUAGUUCAGUUGGGUUCCAUGCUGGGUGCUCUGACCAUGUUCCCCUUGGUUAGUGUGUUUGGUUUGUUCAAAUCUGGGGACUCUUGCAACACAAAGUGUCCUAUUUGAAUUGCUUGAUUAUUUGGUCUAUUUGAGAAGUAUUGCUGCUGUAAAAGAGGUUACCUAAGUUUGCAAUGGAGCCUCACUAAUGCAAGGAGAAGACACAUGUAGAAUAUGGAAGACACAGAGUCUAAAGCCUGACAAAAUAUUAGUGAAGUCAAUGCUCUUGUUACCCAGUGUUAAUAAUAUACCAUCUUACGUUCCAAAGCUUUGUAUUUGCAAGUUUUUUCAGGCACCAAGUAUCUCUCUCUCUCUCUCUCUCUCUCUCUCUCUCUCUCUCUCUCUCUCUCUCUCUCUCUCUCUCUCU